AUGUCGUGGCAACCGGCCCCAGAGUCGUUGAGCCAGCUUGCGGCAUGUCUCAAAGACUCCCUCAGCGGCUUUGACAAGACCGCCCAGAAGCAGGCUGAGCAGAUGCUUCAGCAAGCCAAAAACUCACCUGAUAUCAACAAUUAUCUAGCUUACAUCCUCUCCAGCCCCCAGACGCCCGAGGGCCUGCAGUGCAGCGAACAAGACUACCAUCUUGUCCGAUCAGCUGCGGGCAUCAUGCUCAAGAACAACGUCAAGGCCGACUGGAAAUCAAUCCCGGAAUCGAGCCUGCAGCUCGUCAAGCUCGCCGUGCCCAUGAGCUUGCAAGAUAAGAACUCUCAGAUUCGGAAUUUCGGCGGAAACAUUGCUACUGAAGUCAUCAAGAAGGGCGGUUUGAUGGGAUGGCCCGAGUUGCUCCCUCAGCUCCUCGAAAUGGUUGGAAACUCCAAUGGCCAAUUCUCCAACGAGGCUCAGGAGGGUGCCAUGUCUGCCCUGUCCAAAAUCUGCGAGGACAACUUCAAGAUGCUGACCAAGGAGGUCAAUGGCCAACGACCACUAAACUAUGUUCUUCCAAAGCUCGUUGCCGCGACCAAGAGCCCCCUCCCGAAAGUACGUGUGGGGGCACUGACGGCCAUCAACGUCUUCACCCCGAGGGCGUCACAGGCCAUGGUAAACAGCAUCGAUGACCUGCUGCAGCAUCUUUUUGUCCUGUCAGGGGACGAGAACACCGAUGUGCGCCGGCAGGUGUGCAGAGCCUUUGUCCACCUGGUCGAGACGAGACCGGACAAGCUACAGCCGCAUCUGGGUGGCUUGGUAGACUAUCUCGUUACCCAGCAAAAGGACGAGGACGAGGACCUUGCCUGCGAGGCCGCCGAGUUCUGGCUGGCCAUUGGCGAGCACGAUGACCUCUGGGCCGGCCUGCGGCCGUAUCUCAACAAAAUCAUUCCCGUCUUGCUGCACUGCAUGGUAUACAGCGGAGAAGACAUUGCCCUUCUCGGCGGGCUUUCGGAUGACGAGGAUGAAGAGGACCGAGAGGAGGAUAUCCGGCCAGCCUUUGCCAAGAAGUCUCAAGCCAGGACUGCAAACGGAGAAGGCAAUCUUUCGGCUGACCCCAACCAGAACGGCGGUGCCUACGAGAAGCUUGGCCGCAUGGAUGAAGGGCUGGAGGAAGGCGAAGUUGAUGACCUCGAUGAGGAUGGCGAUGACGCGAAUCCCGACGAGAGGUGGACUGUCAGGAAGUGCUCGGCGGCUGCACUCGAUGUUUUCGCCCGCGACUUUGGCGGACCCGUCUUCGAAGCCAUCUUCCCCUAUCUCUCCCAGAACCUUAAGCAUGAAGAGUGGCCUCACCGAGAGGCUGCAGUCCUGGCUCUCGGCGCGGUGGCUGACGGCUGCAUGGAUACCGUCACACCUCACCUCCCCGAACUGGUGCCAUACUUGAUCUCUCUUCUCGAGGAUCAGGAGCCGGUCGUUAGGCAAAUCACUUGCUGGGCCCUGGGAAGAUACUCCUCCUGGGCGGCUAACCUUGCUGAGCAGUCUCAGCGGGAGCAGUUUUUCCUUCCCAUGAUGGACGGCAUCCUUCGCAAGAUGUUGGACAAGAACAAAAAGGUCCAAGAGGCGGGUGCUUCGGCGUUUGCGAAUCUGGAGGAGAAGGCUGGAAAGAAAUUGGAGCCAUACUGCGGACCCAUCAUCCAACAAUUCGUCCAGUGCUUCGCCAAAUACAAGGAUCGCAACAUGUACAUUCUCUACGACUGUGUUCAGACACUGGCCGAACGCCUAGGCCCUUUCAUUGCCCGGCCUGAGCUGGUCAACCAGCUGAUGCCAGCGCUGAUUACGAGAUACAAUGCCGUCUCGGACCAGUCUCGCGAGCUAUUCCCGCUUCUCGAGUGUCUGUCUUACGUUGCUUUGGCCCUUGGUCAAUCGUUUACCCCAUAUGCGCCCACGAUUUUCUUGCGCUGCAUCAACAUCAUCCACACAAACCUCGAGCAGGGCAUUAACGCAACCACCAACCACGCCAUAGACCAGCCCGAUAAGGAUUUCCUCAUCACCAGCCUUGACCUUUUGAGCGCCAUUAUUCAAGCGCUCGAGGACGACAAGUCAGCCGAGCUCGUAAAGACCUCUCCGCACCCCUUCUUUGAGCUCCUUGGUUUCUGCAUGGAGGACCCUACGGAUGAGGUGCGGCAAUCUGCGUAUGCACUGCUGGGCGACUGCGCCAAGUAUGUCUUCGCAGAGCUUCAGCAGUACAUUCCAACCGUUCUGCCAAUCUUGUUGAAGCAGCUCGACAUGGAUAGCAUCCUUGAUGAGGAAAUCGAGAGCGGAUUUGGUGUCAUUAACAAUGCCUGCUGGUCGGCUGGCGAGAUUAGCAUGCAGCACCUCAAGGGUAUGCAGCCUUGGGUGCCAGAGCUCCUCCAACGCUUCGUUGAGAUAAUGUCCAACCCCGGCGUGCCAAAGGGACUUGUUGAGAAUGCCGCAAUUGCCCUCGGACGUCUGGGCCUUGGCAAUGCAGAGCAGUUGGCGCCGGCACUUCCAAAGUUCGCCGAAGAGUUCCUGGCUGCCAUGCAGGAAGUUGAUCCUACCGAGGAGAAGGCCACUGCCUUUAAGGGAUUCACCUUGGUUGUCGGGCAGAACCCACAGGCUCUGGAGAAGGUCUUGCUGGAGUUUUUCGUCGCCAUUGCUCGUUAUCAAGAUAUGAACUUGAGGAACCCAAUCAAGCAAGAGCUACAUGAAGUGUUCCGAAAUGUUCUCAACGUCUACAAGCAAAUCAUCCCGACGUUUGACGAUUUCAUCAACCAAUUGCAGCCACAAGAUCAGCAGGCCCUGAAGACGCUCUACGCGAUAUGA